AUGUCUUUAACAAAAGUCGUUAAGGAUCUAAAAGGUCGUCUUGAUGGAAAAGUCUGCAUUAUUACUGGAGGAGGAAGUGGAAUCGGCUUUGAAGCCUCGGUUCUUUUUGCACGAGAAGGAGCUGAUGUUGUUGUAGCUGAUAUCAAUCUCAAAGCAGCUGAAGCUACAAUUGAAAGGAUUAAGGAUAAAACCGGGCCAAUACAUGUUCGUAAACAUGCUAUUGCUUUGAAAUGUGACGUUUCCAAAGAAGCAGAAGUUAAGAAAUUGGUGGAAGACACUCUGAAAGAAUUUGGUAAGCUUGAUGUUAUGUUUAAUAAUGCGGGAGUUUGGUUUGGAUGCAAAUACGCUAUUGAAGCAAUCCGAAGGGGAGGCAAAGGUGGUAGUAUAAUUAACACGGCAAGUUUUGUCGGGCUAAUGGGUGCCGCAACUCCUCAAAUAGCAUAUACUGCCUCCAAAGGCGCAGUUAUAGCAUUAAGUCGAGAAUUAGCAGUUUGCCAUGCUCGUGAAAACAUUCGCGUUAAUGCAAUAUGUCCGGGACCUUUACGUACUCCAUUAUUAAUGAAUUAUCUAAAUACAGAUGAAAAAAUAAGUAGACGUUUAGUUCAUGUACCAUUGGGAAGAUUUGGCGAGCCAAUUGAAAUAGCCAAUGCCGCUUUAUUCUUGGCCUCUGAUGAAUCAUCCUAUAUUACAGGCAUCGAAUUUAAAGUUGAUGGUGGUCUCACUGCUGCUUAUGUGACACCCGAAGAACCUGGUACCAGUUUACCACCAAAAAAUUUUUUCAAACCCUCAGAAGGAACUAGUUAA